AUGCAGCUGAAGCCGCUCGCCUUCGCGGCCGCGGCCGCCGCGAUGCUCAUCGUCCCCGAGACAUCCGAGCAGGGCGAGGGCGUCUUCAAGGCGCUCCCCGUCCACGCAGACACCUUGUCCGUCCCCUCGAGCGCCGUCGCCCAGACGGUCAGGGUGCCCUGCGCCCAGUGCAAGGGCAGCGACACCCAGCUCAAGCUCGAUUUCGCCGUCGAAGGCGGCUCCCGCCUGAUGCUCAACGGCUUCGAGCUCUACCCCACCGCCGACCCUUGGAACGGCGAUCUAUCGGCAGUCGUCGUCAAGGCCGAUGGCCACGAGAAGGAGCAGCGGCUGGGCUACAGCCUGUCCAUCGAACCCGAGGCCGUGGACCAGGAUCUGCAGAUGCAGCUCAUCGCCGUUGAGCUGCGCGUCAUCGAGGUGGGCAGCCGUUUCGUCGAGGGCGUCCCGACGGUAAGGCUGCAGGUACUCCGCGCCGCCGACGACGAGAUCGCCAUCGCCAACGUCGCCCUCAUCGAGUCGCCCGUCUCCGGGUGCACCACCAUGUUGUGCCGCGCCAAGCACCUGACCGGCGACAUGCUCAAGUCCCUCAAGGGCUUCAAGGGCGGCAAGGGCUGCGGCAGGCACCGCAACAAGGGCCACCCGCAUCACGACGGCACCGGCCCCGGCGGCGUCAUGCCGCUCCACGGCGGGCGUCCGCCGCACCCUCACCCUCAUCGCCCGCAUCCCCAUCACCAUCACAUGGGACCUCAUCGCCACGACUGGCGCAAGCUCAUGAAGAACGUUGCGUCGCACAUUUUCCUGCCGGUCCUCAUGGGCAUCACCGCCGGUGUCGGCGUUGCAGUGAUCGCUAUGGUCCUCUGCAGCGUCCUCGUCCGCGUGACGCGCCUCGCCACGUGCAAGCGCGCUGGCGCUCGCUGCUGCCGCAGGAAGCAGGCCACGCCUCAGCAGGAUUCCGACGUCGAGAAGGUCGGCCUGAUGUCGGAGGAGGAGCACGAGGAGCCUCCCCCUCAGUACCGGGACGACGAGACCAAGUAG